CCUUACCUUUAACUUUUCCACUUUUUCUGUGAUCAAAUAGUUUCACUUUCUCAGUUCAUUAAAUCAUUCACAUAAUCACAUCAUACACAUUUUAUUUCUUAAAAUUAAUUAAGGAAGGUUACACGAUUUUUAAAGUAAUAUAUAUAGCAAAAAUAUAAUGAAGACGAUAGUAAUAUCAUCCUCAAAUUCUUUACUUAUUGUUUUCUUGGCCUUGAUUUUUCUCUUAAACCAACAACUCACAGCAGCUAAGAGUGAAAACAACAUUAAUGUGGUAAGUCUCGGUGCAAAAGCCGACGGGAAGACGGACUCGUCAAGGGCAUUUUCGUCUGCAUGGGACAUUGCAUGUAAGUCAGAAAACCCUUCUACAAUAAUUGUACCAAUAGGAAGGUACUUGGUUAACUUAGCCUUAACAUUUAAGGGUACAAAUUGUAAGAGCAAGGCUAUAAGCUUUGUAAUAAGAGGCACCUUGGUGGCUCCUGCCGAUUUUCGAGUCCUCGGAAAUGGCGGCACAUGGUUCGCUUUUGACGAUGUAGCCGGAGUUUCUAUUUUCGGCGGUGUCUUUGAUGGCCAAGGCGCCGGUUUGUGGGCUUGUAAGAGGUCUGGAAGAAGGUGUCCCCUGGGAGCUACCACACUUCGGUUCACAAAUUCGAGGAACAUUGCAAUCAAUGGAUUAACAUCAUUAAACAGCCAAUUGUACCAUAUUGUAAUUGAUGGUUGUGAGAAUGUUAAAGUGGAGGGUGUUCAGAUAUCGGCUUCUAGUAUAAGUCCAAAUACGGAUGGCAUCCAUGUUCAAUCAUCAACGGGAGUGACAAUCUUGAACUCUCAUAUUGCAACAGGAGAUGAUUGUGUUUCAAUUGGCGCUGGAACUAAUAACUUAUGGAUUGAGAAUAUGGCUUGUGGACCUGGACAUGGUGUUAGCAUUGGAAGCUUAGGAAAAGAGUUCAAUGAGCCUGGAGUAGUGAAUGUGACACUCAAGACCGCUACUUUUACCGGCACUGAGAACGGAGUACGAAUCAAGUCUUGGGGAAGACCAAGCAAUGGAUAUGUUAGAAAUGUUCUCUUCCAGCAUCUUACAAUGGUGAAUGCUCAAAAUCCCAUUGUAAUCGACCAAAACUACUGUCCUGACGACAAGGAUUGCCCUGGAAAGAUUUCAGGAGUAAGAAUAAGUGAUGUAACCUACCAAGACAUUCACGGAUCAUCAGCUACGCCAAUUGCUUUAAAAUUUGAUUGCAGCUCAGAAUACCAUUGCACAAAUAUUGAGCUCAACGACAUAAAUCUCACCUACAAAACUCAAGAAGCUCGAUCAUCAUGUGUUAAUGUAGUUGGAACGACCUCUGGUUCAAUUGGGCCUCAAAGAUGUUUUUAG